AUGGAGACGGGUUUGAUAGCAAACCAUAAACAGAAAAAUGUGAGUGUAGAUCCCCCUCAGCACCUCACGCCGCCGCAACAGCAGUCACAAUUUAACCCGUUUCCUCAGCAUCAGCAGCACCAGAUACAAAGUAACAACAUCAACAACAGCCAAGCGACAAGGGGAGAGAGUGAUAAUCAGCACCACGGAGGGAAGAGGGGUGUUUUGGCGAGCCAGACAGAGCAGCAGAUGCUGAGUAAAGGUGAAGGGGAUCAUACCUGUAAACCAGGGGAGCGAAUGGGUGCCAGGUAUGAACAUGCCAACUUGGGACCAACGACCGACAUCAACAACCAGCCCCAGAGCGCAGGAGGGGACAGCGCUAUUUCAGAGUUUAAUAACUACUAUGGCACUUCCAGAGUAGGGGGCUGCUAUGAUCAACAUGGCGGACAAAGCACUGGGAUGGGGAUGAUGCACUCCUCGGGACCCAACAACAUGGACCCAGUGCACAACUCCCACGAAGGAUACCACAACAGCCAGUACAACCACUACCCUGGCUACCGGCAGGGCUACGGUGGAGCGGGCUACGGUAUGAUGGCCCCAUCCAGACAGGGCAGUAACAUGCUGAUUGGCCCUGGCAGCAACACUCCAGCUAGCCAUGUCAAGACUACUAUGGGAGCUGCUUCCUCCGGUUCUGGUGGAAGUGUUGGGGGCUUUCAGAGAUUCCCAGGACAUACUCAGCAUCCCUCGGGAGCCACCCCAACUCUAAACCAACUGCUGACGUCUCCAAGUCCAAUGAUGCGAGGUUAUGGCAGUGGCUAUCAUCAAGACUAUAACAGUCCCUCUGCACAACAACAAGCUGGCAUCGGCUUAGGCAAAGACAUGACUUCUCAGUAUGGCUCCACAACCCAUGGCUGGCCAGGGCAACAGAGAAAUCACCCGUCCAUGAGUCCUGGAAACGGAGGGCAAGGUAUCAGCAGACCACAGGUGGCUUCCGUGGACUUCAUGGCUAUGAAGCGCUCCCAUCUCUACGGGAUGGGCAACAACCCCUACUCUCAGCAGCAGCAGGGCGGGCCCUACCCCAGCCAGCCAUACGGAUCGCCCGCUACACACAGAUACCCAAUGGGAAUGCAGGGGAGGGGCCAGGCGGGCAUGGGCGGCAUGCAGUACCCUCAACAGCAGGUUCCCCCCCAGUACGGCCAGCAGGGUAUGGGAGGAUACAGCCAGCAGCAGCAGGGAACACCUCCGGGAUCCUACUUCAGCCCCCCCCAGCAGAACCCCACCGCCCCCACACAGCCCCCCUACCUGCCUCCCCGCGCCCCACCCCAGCAGGAGGCUCCGCAGGAGAGCUACAGAGACAGCACCAGGAGUCAGCAGCAUGUCCCAGGGAAUUCUGGGAAGGCCAACCUUGAGGACAUGGGUCUGAUCCCGCAGGACCGCCCCUCCAGCCUCCCGGACCUGUCUGGCUCCAUAGACGACCUCCCUACAGGGACGGACGCUGGUCACAGUUCAGCCGUCAGUGCUACAGGCUCCACCAGUAGCCAGGGGGAGCAGAGUAACCCGUCCCAGUCACCCUUCUCACCCCACGCAUCACCCCACCUGUCUGGCCGAGGCAGCGGCCCAUCGCCCUCUCCUGUUGGCUCCCCCGUGGGCUCCAACCAAUCACGCUCCGGCUCUGGCCCAAUCUCCCCAGUUAGCGGCCCAACCACAGCACAAGGGUCCCAGAUGGCCCCCCAGAUCCCCGUCAACAUGUCGGAUGUCCCUCACUCCCCCUUGACGCAGUCCCCCAUGCCUCAGGAGAGGGGCUUUAUGUCCAACAUGCAGAGAAACCAGUCUGGCUCCCAGUUUGCACCACCACUACCUCAGUCGGGGCGUUCCAUGUCCCCUCACCCCUCUCCUGGUCCUGGUCCUGGAGGACAAAUGUACCCAGGGAUGGGGCCCAGGCCCUACCUCCAGGGUGGCUCCAGUGGCCCCUACGGACCCCAGGGAUCCCAGGCAAACCAGUAUGGACCCCAAGGUAACUACCCACGUCCACCCAACUACGGUGGGACCCCCAGUGCCAACUACAGCGGCCCCGGCCCUGGCAUGACCAACAGCCUGGGUAUGAAUGCCAGCAGCCCCAUGCACGGCCAGGGUCCCGGGCAGCCCAUGCCCAUGGGCCGCAGUCUUGGCGCGGGCAGCCGACCCUACCCCAACAUGGCCCCCAGUUCCCCCAGUAUGCCCCAGCCGGCAGGCCCAGGGAUGGGCCCUCCUUCACUGGGCAACGUCAACCGCAAGGCCCAGGAGGCAGCCGCUUCCGUUAUGCAGGCCGCAGUCAACUCUGUAGAGCAGAGCAGACAGGGCAGCUACCCAGGCCCUGGCAUAAACCAGAUGGUGCCCCCCAUCAACCAGUCGCAAGGCAACAACUCAGGCAUGGGCACGCCACAGGGUCCACCCUACAAUAUGCCACCCUCAGGGCCCAUGGGGAUGGCUGGGGAUGGGAUGGUGACUCCUGUUGGGAAGCAGAAAAUGGAUGGCAAGGAGGAGAGCAUGCCCACCAAUGAACCUCCCAGACCCAAGGAUGGCUACAGUGGAUCCCAGUGUGUCUCCCAGCCUACCACCCCUGGUGCCAUGCCUGUCCCCUCUCCCCUGUCCCCCAGCCCAGCCAGCCUGUCCUCCUACCAUGGGGAUGACAGUGACAGCAUUAGCAGCCCCGUCUGGCCAAAGACUCCCUCCAGCCCUAAGCCCAACUCGUCCACCAUGACUAACGAGCGAAUCACACGUCUGUAUGAUAUGGGUGGGGAGCCGGAGAGGCGUGUCUGGGUGGACCGCUACCUGUCCUUCAUGGAGGAGAGGGGUACACCUGUUCCCCACCUCCCUGCCGUGGGCAAGAAGCCCCUGGACCUCUACAGACUGUACAUGGUGGUCAGGGAGAUAGGGGGCCUGGCCAUGGUGAACAAGAACAAGAAGUGGCGAGAGCUGUCCACUAGUCUGAGUGUUGGUACCUCCAGCAGCUCCGCCAGCUGUCUGAAGAAGCAGUACAUCCAGUACCUGUUUGCCUAUGAGUGUAAGGUGGAGCGGGGAGAGGACCCGCCGGCCGACAGCAACACUGGGACUGGGGGGGACAACAGGAAGCAGGCCAAGUUGCAGCCGCCCUCUCCUGCUAACUCAGGGUCCCUGCAGGGCCCCCAGACCCCCCAGUCGUCAGGCAGCAGCUCCAUGGCAGAGAUGUCAGGUGACCUGAAACCCCCCACCCCAGCCUCAACCCCCCAGGGCCAGGGCCAGGGCCAGGGCCAGGGCCAGGGCCAGGUCACCCCCAUCCCAGCCAGCAGGAACAGUGUGGUCAGUGUGCAGGACCCGUUCUCUGAGGUGAGCGACCCGGUCUUCCAGAAGCGUAACUCCCUCCCCCCGGGGGGCCCUGGGGGACCGUACCAGCAGGGGGUCAACAUGCCCCCUGACGUGAUGAUGAGGAUGCAGUAUGAGAAGGACCCCUUCGCUGGCAUGAGGAAAGUGGCAGGAGGGGAUUCCUACAUGCCAGGCCAGAUGCCCAGCGGUGGCAUGCAGGAGAUGUAUGGCAGGCCUCCAUCAGGCAUGGGCCAGCGUUCCCAGUACCCAUACGGACCGGGCUACGACAGGAGACCAGACCAUGUGAUAGGGAUGGAGGGGAGCAUGGGCACCCCCGGGAGCCAGAGCAACAUGGGACCUUCCAACAGCGAGGGCAGCAUAUACUCUCCCAACAGAUACCCCUCCCAGCUUAGACAUGAGGGUUACGGGCAGCAGUACCCUGGCAUGUCAUAUGGAAUGCACCCCUCAGGGAUGUACCCACAACAACAGGGUUACAAGCGCCCCAUGGAGGGUAUGUACGGCCCCCCAGGCAAGAGGCACGAGGGGGAGAUGUACGGCCCCCCAGGCAAGAGGCACGAGGGGGACAUGUACGGCCCCCCAGGCAAGAGGCACGAGGGGGACAUGUACGGCCCCCCAGGCAAGAGGCACGAGGGGGAGAUGUACGCCAUGCAGUACGGCAGCCAGCAGCCUGACAUGUACAACCAGUACAGCACUGGUUAUUCUGGUCCUGAGAGGAGGCCCAUGCAGGGCCAGUUCCCUUACCCCUCCCCCUACAGCCGAGAGCGCAUGCAGGCCUCUGGCCAGGGGCAGCACCCCCAGCACCCCAUGGGUCCCCAGAUGAUGGCCGGGGGGCCACCCUCCAACAACGGAGUGGAAGGACCCCAGGGGCCCAACAUGUGGCCCUCCAGGACAGACAUGGGUUAUCCCUACUCUAACAGACAGGGGGCACCCUCCCAGGUACCGCCAUACGGUCCUUUGGGGAGAGGAGAGGAUAUGGAGGGCCGACCCAUCCAAGAUGGUCAGUGGCUCGGGCACGGAGGCCAUCGCCAGUCCUCCUACAUGUCAGGUGGUAUGACCCCUAUGUCCUCUCGCCAGCCCCCCUCUGCCUACCAGACCUCCCCCUCCAUGGCCAACCACCUGCCCCGAGCACCCAGCCCCGGCUCCUUCCAGCGCUCCAUGGAGGCACGGAUGUCCCCCAACAAAGCUGCCUAUAUGGGCUCCAUGAAGAUGCCAUGCAAACCGGGCAUGCCCAUGCCAGGGCAGGGUAGUGGGCACCCAGGCCAGGUCCCACCUAACCUGCGGAGAGACCUCAACUACCCUCUAGGAUCUGUAGAGGCCACCAUGCCCCUUCUCAAGCCCCGCCGCAAAAUGACCUCAAAGGACACUGGAACCCCAGAGGCGUGGCGAGUGAUGAUGUCUCUGAAGUCAGGUCUGCUGGGUGAGAGUACCUGGGCCCUGGACACCAUCAACAUCCUGCUGUAUGAUGACAGCACUGUGGCCUCCUUCACCCUCGCACAGUUGCCUGGCUUCCUGGAGCUGAUAGUGGAGUACUUCAGACACUGUGUGAUGGAGAUCUUUGGCAUCCUGGAGGAGUAUGAGAUAGGGACCAUCGGCCAGAAGACCCUCCUGGGGCCUGAAGCCUGUAACCAGGGGGAGGAGCUGACCUCUGAACCUGAGAUGGACUGUGAGGCCAGCCAACCAGAGCCUGAGCCUGAGCAGGAGGUGGAGAGGGGGGAGGUAGAGAAGGGGGAAGUAGAAAAUGGGGAGGACAAACCUGCUGACAUCACAGAGAAAAUGACAGUGGAACUGAUGUCUCCCCCCAGUGCAACGGAACCAGCCCCUGAGGGAAUGAAGGAGGAAUCUGAAGCCGAAGUGAAGGUAAAGAAGGAAGAGGGGGAGAAAGAACAGGAGGGAGAGAAAGAAAAAGGGAAAGAGGAAGGAGAAAAUCCCACCGAGAGUAAGAAAGCCACAGCUGAAAGUAAGGAAGACUAUCCUAAUCAGUCAGAGCCAAGGCCACAACAGGCCAGCAAGUACGACAAGUUUCCCAUUAAGAUCCUGCACAAAGAGGACCUGAUUGAGGACAUGACGGAGCAGCUGGCUCACGUGACAGAGUUCACUAGCGGACUGCUCCACUGGCAGGUAGGCGGGGGGGAUUCCACGGCCCACAUCCAGACCCACUUUGAGGGCAGGGGAGAGCAGCCUGACAGGACGGAGGGAGAGCGAGACGAAUGUGCCAUUCUGAAUAAAGAGCAGGAGACUGACUCAAGGACAGAGGAGAAGGGGAAUCGUAUCACCGCCACCAUCGAUGACAUACUGUGUGCCCGGCUCGAGGCUCUGUCAGAGGGCCACCCCACCCACUCUGCCCCCACCUACCCAUUCAGGCUGCACCAGGGCGGAGGCCACAUGCACAUCACCUUGCUGGAGGACGAGCCCCGCUGUUUGAACGAGGCUCCCCUCUCCACAGCUUCUCCUUGGCAGGACUCCCUGGCCAAGCGCUGCCUCUGUGUGUCAAACAUCCUCCGCAGCCUCUCCUUCAUCCCUGGGAACGACUCAGACAUGUCCCAUCACCCAGGCCUGGUGCUGAUCCUGGGCAGACUGCUGCUGCUCCACCACCAGCACCCAGAGAGGAAGAGGACGUCCCCUAGCUACCAGAGAGAGGAGGUGCAGGAGCGGGGCCUGGCCUGCAGUAAGGAUGAGUGGUGGUGGGACUGUCUCACUAUACUCAGGGAGGACACCUUGGUCACCCUGGCUAACAUCUCUGGCCAGCUGGACCUUUCCCUCUACCCAGAGACCAUCUGCCUGCCCAUCCUGGAUGGCCUACUCCACUGGAUGGUGUGUCCCUCUGCCGAGGCCCAGGACCCCUUCCCCUCGGCUGCCCCCCACUCCCCCCUAACCCCCCAGAGACUGGUGCUGGAGUGCCUGUGCAAGCUGAGCAUCCAGGACAACAACGUGGACCUGCUGCUGGCCACGCCACCGUUCAGCCGCCAGGAGAAGCUGUAUGCCACCCUGGUGCGCUAUGUGGGUCAGCGUAAGAACCAGGUUUACCGCGAGAUGGCUGUGGCCACCCUCUCCAACCUGGCACAGGGGGACUCCACGUCGGCACGCGCCAUCGCAGUACAGAAAAGCAGCGUGGGUAACCUGAUGGGCUUCCUGGAGGAUGGGGUGAGCAUGGCCCAGUACCAGCAGAACCCCCACAGCCUGCUGCACAUGGCCCACCACCCCCCCAUGGAGCCCCCCAGUGUUAACAUGAUGUGUCGGGCUGCAAAGGCUCUGCUGGCUAUGGCCAAGGUAGAGGAGAACAGGCCAGAGUUUGUCUUGUACGAGGGCAGACUCCUGGACAUCUCCAUCUCCUCUGUGCUCAACCCGGGGGUAGCCAGCAUUGUAUGUGAAGUACUCUUUCAGUUUGUUAAAAAAUUAUGACAGGAGGAUAGACAGGCCGGAGUCAAGAGAUGGACAGAGAGACGAUGAGAUGAAAACCUUAUUCUGUGGUUUUAUAGUUUUAUUUAAAUUA